CGUCUGGCUGCCACGACUUGCCGUCUGCGGCGGCGGCGGCGGCGGCGGCAGCGAGCGGAUCCCGCAGGGGAAGGAGGAGGAGGAGGGAGAGUCAAGGGGGCUGUGAGUGAGCGGGAGAGGCAGGGUGUGAGCCGGACUUGCCAGCGGGAGGGAGAACGAGCGAGAGCCGAGCCAGCCAUCCGAGCCGCCUCCUCCUCCUCCCCUCGGCGUCCCGCCCCCGCCUGCCAGCCCGCCCUUCUCCCUCCUCUGCCGGCAGAGCCCGAGUGAGGCGCAGCUCGGCUCGCGCCGCUGUCCAGGACAGGUGUGCGCGCGCGCGCCCUGCUCCCCUCCCCCUUUCCUCGCGCCUGCCUAGCGCCUGCCUCGCGCGCGCCCUCCCUCCCUCCAGCCCGCGCCCUCCCUCACCUGCGGCAGGACAGCGCCCGCCCGCCCGGAUCUCGCGAGAGUGGCUGACUGGCUGUGGGGGUUGCGGCGGCAGCAGGCGGAGCCGGGGAGGGAAAGCAGCGGCGGCUGAGGCGACUGAGGCGGCGGCGGGCGGAGCGGCAGGCGGCGGCGGCGCGGCGGCGGAGCGCAGCAUCAUGGCGGACCGAGACAGCGGCAGCGAGCAGGGUGGUGCGGCGCUGGGCUCGGGCGGCUCCCUGGGGCACCCAGGCUCGGGCUCCGGCGGGGGCGGUGGUGGCGGCGGGGGCGGCGGCGGCGGCAGUGGCGGCGGCGGCGGCGGCGGGGCCCCGGGGGGGCUGCAGCACGAGACGCAGGAGCUGGCCUCCAAGCGGGUGGACAUCCAGAAUAAGCGCUUCUACCUGGACGUAAAGCAGAACGCCAAGGGCCGCUUUCUAAAGAUCGCUGAGGUGGGCGCGGGCGGCAACAAGAGCCGCCUUACUCUCUCCAUGUCAGUGGCCGUGGAGUUCCGCGACUACCUGGGCGACUUCAUCGAGCACUACGCGCAGCUGGGCCCCAGCCAGCCGCCCGACCUGGCCCAGGCGCAGGACGAGCCGCGCCGGGCGCUCAAGAGCGAGUUCCUGGUGCGCGAGAACCGCAAGUACUACAUGGAUCUCAAGGAGAACCAGCGCGGCCGCUUCCUGCGCAUCCGCCAGACGGUCAACCGGGGGCCCGGCCUGGGCUCCACGCAGGGCCAGACCAUUGCACUGCCCGCACAGGGGCUCAUCGAGUUCCGCGACGCUCUGGCCAAGCUCAUCGACGACUACGGAGUGGAGGAGGAGCCGGCUGAGCUGCCCGAGGGCACCUCCUUGACUGUGGACAACAAGCGCUUCUUCUUCGAUGUGGGCUCCAACAAGUACGGCGUGUUUAUGCGAGUGAGCGAGGUGAAGCCCACCUACCGCAACUCCAUCACCGUGCCCUACAAGGUGUGGGCCAAGUUUGGACACACCUUCUGCAAGUACUCGGAGGAGAUGAAGAAGAUUCAAGAGAAGCAGAGGGAGAAGCGAGCUGCCUGUGAGCAGCUUCACCAGCAGCAGCAGCAGCAGCAGGAGGAGACAGCCGCUGCCACCUUGCUGCUGCAGGGUGAGGAAGAAGGGGAAGAAGAUUGAUCAAACUGAAUGGAAAAAACCCACACACACAUGCAUACACACACACACACACACAGCCACACACAGAGAAACUAUACUGUAAAGAAAGAGAGAAAAUAAAAAGUAAAAAAGUUAAAAAAAAAAAAAAAAACCUGUUAACUCCAAGGGAGCACCACCCACAGAACCUCCACCAACUGACAGUUUCUCUUCUUGACUUGCCACCCAUCGCUGGAUGUUGUCCACUUUAUCCACCAUAUAAAACAGUAAGCAGCUGCUAAAAACAAAAAACAAAAAAAAAAAAUACAAAAAGUAAUAACAUUAUAUGAACUGUGUUUCCUACUUGAUUAAAAAAUAUAAAGAACUGAGUGUUUAUUUCCCUAAUUAACCAAGAACUUUUGUACACGUUUAAGCUAUUAUUAUUAAAAGUGUUUGCAAAAUGGUCAAGAUUAUAAUAUUGCUGAAUUAUAUAAAAGUCCUUUUCAUGUUGAGCUAACAUUUGACUUUAGCACAAAAAAGAGAUAUUUUAGAACACGUAAAAUAAUAUUUUUAGUUUUUCUCAUUUUGUUACCAAAUUUCAAACCUUACAUGGAGGUUAUUAUAGUAUAUUUGACACCCUAUAUACCUGUGAUUAGAGAUGUGUAUAUAUAUGAGGGCUAGGCAUGCUGUGUGUCUGAGCUUUGUCUAAAUGUUAUGCAGAAGUUUGUAGAGUUAAAGGUACGUAGGUUUAAUUCAUGCAAGGUAAACAAUAAGUGCUCUCUUUUAUACAAUAUGCAUUGCAUCUGGACCUUAAACAUAUAAAAAUGGUCAGUGAAACUUCUGUGAACAUGAAGAAAUUAUUAAAAAAGGCAUUUAAAUGAAA